AUGGCACUACCCAUUCAUGCUCCACUUCGACGUGUGGUCACUACGCACAAUGGCCGCCAAUCUUCAGUUCUGUCUGAUACCUAUCUGAGCCCCACUGAUGGUUUCGCUGCCAAAGCGGCGACUAUCUGGAUCACACAUCGGUAUCCGGCUGAAUUGAAGUCAGCCGAUCCCAGUGAUGACCUUCGAAGUAGACAGAUGUACAGCAGGGGUUCACUGAUUCGCGUGGUGGACUUCCCACCCAAUUCGACUGGACACAACCACCGGACAAUGUCUCUUGACUAUGCGAUUGUUCUGAGUGGUGAACUUGAAAUGCUCCUCGACGAUGGAUCCAAGACUCGAGUCCAGGCUGGUGAUGUCAUUGUGCAGCAGGCGACCAUGCACCAGUGGAACAAUCCAACUGAAAAACCUACACGUGUCAUUUUCGUCCUACUCCCCUCUGAGCCCUUUGUUGUAGGAGAUGCCCUUGGGGAUGAGGGCAUCCCAGAAGCUUUCAGAGUGACAGCGUGA